GCUUCUGUUCAGAGGUCUGUGGCACACUUCUCUAACUCCAGUGAUAGAUCCUCGCAACAGGCACGCUGACCAAGGGCCCUGGACUGCACUGCACUGGACCACAUUUGACCUGUCAUCUGGGUCCCGGACAGUCUCAUGUUUCAGGCAAUCCCAGACCCCAACGCAGCCAAUCACGGAGGUGAAAUAUAGCGAGAUUAGCAGGCUAAAGGAGAAAGCAGGUUACGUGGUCACCGUGACAGCCCCUUUAGUGUGAGGUGAAGACACCCUGAGGAACAUGGACCUGUCCCUCCCCUCUACAUACCUCCUGGCGGUAGCAAUCCAUCUGUGUCUAAUACUUGGCCAUGCCCACGGGGGGGCAUAUUAUGGGCACAAGCUGCCGCAACACCUACCACUGCAGCAUCAGCCCAUGCAACCGAUACCUCACAUGUCCCUGGGAAACGGUUAUGGUAAUGGGGAUGGCCAGCCCCCGCAACAGUACCCAGGAAAAGAGAUGCCACAGCACAUGCAACAUGGCAAAGAGAUACCAUAUGCACCACAGUAUGGGCAGGAACUUCCACAGAUACCACCCAAUAAGGGUAGGGGCAAAGGUCAGAUGUACCCCAUUAAUGGGAAAGGCCCUGCAGGACCACCACCUGAGGAUAUGGGACUACAGGGUCCUGGCCCCGAGGGGCCACAAGGACCUCAGGGCCCCCCGGGACCACAGGGUCCCCCAGGGAUGCCUGGUCAAGGGAUGGCUGGCCCCCAUGGAAAGCCAGGCCCGCCGGGUCCCCAAGGGUAUCCGGGGAUAGGGAAACCUGGAUUGCCUGGAAUGCCUGGUAAACCUGGUGGAGCUGGCCAGCCAGGUCCAAAGGGCGACCUUGGUCCUGGUGGUGAUGUAGGACCAAUGGGAAUUCCUGGGGGGCCGGGUCUUCCGGGGCCCCCAGGGUUGCCAGGUAUUGGUAAACCAGGGGGCCAGGGACUUCCAGGACAGCCUGGGCCUCGAGGAGAACCUGGACACAAAGGUAUACCUGGACUCCCUGGUCUUCCUGGACCUAAGGGAGACAAAGGGAUUGGCCUGCCAGGAUUGCCGGGUUUGAAAGGACCUGGUGGACCACCUGGGCCUUCUGGUCAAGGGGGCCUGCCAGGGAUUGGUAAACCAGGUUUAAAUGGACUACCAGGAAUGCCUGGGGUACCAGGAAAACCAGGCCCACCAGGGGAAGGAGGAUUUGCUGGGCCACCAGGUGAAGGGGGGGAACCAGGACCACCAGGGCUACCAGGGAUUGGUAAACCAGGGCAAGACGGAUUGCCAGGACAACCAGGGUUCCCUGGCAGGAAAGGGGAACCAGGCCCACCAGGUUUACCGGGAGGACCAGGCCUACCUGGUUAUGGCAAGCCAGGAUAUCCUGGAUCAAAAGGAGACAAAGGACAUGGAGGUUUGCCUGGCGCUCCUGGCCUGAAAGGAGACAAAGGACAUGGAGGUCUCCCAGGUCAAGAAGGCCUUCCAGGACCCAGUGGGCCACCAGGCCUGCCAGGUCCCAUUGGACCACCUGGAGGUCUUGGUUUUCCUGGUCCAAAGGGGGAAAUUGGCAAUGGAGGGCCAAAGGGUUUUCCAGGUCCUAAAGGUGAGCCGGGCCCUCCGGGGCUUCCAGGACAGGGUGGAUAUCCUGGAGAUGGUGGCCAACCAGGGCCAAGAGGUUUCCCAGGGCCAAUGGGUCCAAAGGGGGACCAGGGCCACAAAGGGUUACCUGGUCUCCCAGGAGUUCCUGGAAUAUCUGGUCCAAGAGGAGAAAGUGGAAUGUCUGGAGAAAAAGGUCACCAAGGACCAAAGGGAAUCCCAGGAAAUGUAGGUCCAGGUGGCCCACUUGGUCCUCCUGGUCUUCCUGGGGCAAAAGGUGAGCUUGGUCCACCAGGAAAACCUGGCUACCCCGGGGAAGGAAAACCUGGUGUUCCGGGGCCCUUAGGCCCCCCAGGGAAACCUGGCCUCAGUGGACCGCCUGGUCAGCCUGGACAACCAGGACUACCUGGCCCUCCUGGCCGACCUGGACCCCCUGCCCAACUUUCUGGUCUUGGCGAAAUCCUCCCUGAAAUGGGUCCUGCUCUAGAAGGUCUUCAACAAGGCCAUUACAAGAAACCAAAGAAUGGAGGGGAAAGAAACGCCCUAGAGAUGCCUGCAUUCACAGCUAAACUCACAAAUCCAUUCCCUCCUGUUGGCUCACCUGUCGUUUUUGACAAGCUUCUAUACAAUGGCCAUCAAGACUACAACCCUGAAACUGGCAUCUUCACCUGUACCAUACCAGGAAUCUAUUACUUUGCUUACCACGUCCACUGCAAAGGAGCGAAUGUGUGGGUGGCGCUAGUCAAGAACAAUGAGCCAGUGAUGUACACAUACGAUGAGUACAAAAAGGGCAUCCUGGACCAGGCUUCAGGGAGUGCUGUGCUCCCAUUACACCAAGGAAACACUGUGCAUGUACAGCUUCCAUCUGAUCAGGCAGCAGGACUUUAUGCUGGUGAAUAUGUCCACUCUUCAUUCUCUGGAUAUUUAUUGUACCCAAUGUAAAAAAAUUAUCAACAACCAAAUAAGAAAAACAAUGUUUUUUACACCACAGCCUACUACAUAUAUGUUUUAUUAGUGUUUUGCUAACUUUAAUGUUGAACUCAACAGUGACACGUUGUUCAAUGGUGAAAACUACUACUUAGCUAAGAAGUAUUCCAUUCAUUUGUGAUUGCAAUACGCUAUAGUAUGCUUCUAAAAUUCUAUUGCAAUAUUACAUGCCUGACAAAAAAUAAAUACAACAUUGUUCUGUAAAACUUUUAAUUUCCCACAGAAAUUAAUUUGCCAAAGCCCUCAAAUAAAUACAAUCUAAGAUGUCAGCACAUAGACCCGUUUCUGUGUUUACAAGUAUUGCUUCAAGAGGGCAUUGUUUGCGCAUCAUGAUUGCAGAAACACCACCAAGCACAGUAAUCAAUGGUUACUGAUAAAACAAGUAGCGUUAAAUAUAAUUGCACCUAGUGAGCAAGACAGUGAGAGGAAGCUUAAGUUUUUCACUAUGUUUUAGGAAUAUUACAUGUCAGUAACAUGGCACGACUGAGACUGCUUCUCCAGUAAACUUGCAAAAUAAUGGGAGCAGCUUGAAGGAACAAUAUACACUGAUGGACAACCCAAAGAAAUGAUGGGUCUAUAAUACGAAUAUCGACGUCAUCACUUGAAUAUGAAGUCACUUAAUUGUGUAACAUGUAAAUAAUGUUUUUUGACAUAGUGGUUACAUUAUAGCUUACUGGAUAUAUCAUAGUGAUUCAUCAAUACGCUUUCUGCUACAGCUCUGUGACAGCUGGUCAGAAAAACUGCCCAAAAAGCUAUAGUAGACAAUGAAUGCAAACAAUAAUGUUCUCCCUGAAAAAAAUAUCAAAACAACAAUUAUUUUCAGUUAGAUAAGUAGGAAGGUGUCGUGUCAUCAUUUCAAUAAUUCCUAAUUAUUUGGUUAGAUGGGGACUAUUGUAAAUUAGUUACAUGUUGUUUUGCUUUGGGACAAUGGGGCUUGGUAUAGUUGGCAAGCUUAGUUUCAAUUGAACAACUAGUUGUGCUAAACAUUUUUACAAAUAUGUUAGUUUCUGGUCAUCAUUUACAAGUUGGUUACAUUGGUUCCUGCAUUAAUUUGGAUCCAAGGUGUGCCCACAUCCUGCCAGACAUCAGUGUCAAAAAAUAAAUAGAAAUUAAAACCUUUUUUUGAUAUUCCUAACAUGUACAUCUAGUUAUGUGAAUAUACACAAUUUGUUUGUUUUUUAUAUUGCAUAUCAGAUUUAUAUUACAUGCGUUCAGUAUAUCAGUUUUCACAUUCUAACAGUCAUAGCCAUAUCAUGAUGUCACUAAUUGGCUAUCCUUCUACCCCAAGGUUUCACCAGGGAAGAAUAAACCAUCAACAUAUAUUAUGUAUAUGUGUCAUGCAUACAUACUUAGCACAGAAUUCGUCUAAUGUCUAGACAUUUCAGAGGACAUUAUAUAUCAGUUACAUUUGGCACAUAAUAAACACUGUUAAAACAUUCUCUGUAUGUAUUAAGAUGUAUUGUUCCCAGUUAACAAUACAUGCACUUUUUUAAGUUUGUCCAUACCUUCUUUGAAAUCCUUUAACCAUUUUUAUUUAUUGAAUUUCAUAAUUGGUAUUGUUGCUGGUUUCACUGUUUGGAAUCUCAAAUAAAACAAAUUUGUAUACUGCAUGUAGUGAAUACAUUUGGUUACAAGUUGCCCAGUCAACAAAACGUAACAAAAUAAGGUAUAGAGUUGAAGGGGUGAAUAUUCAAAAAAAAAAAUAUGCACAAUCAGUAAUAACAAAUUGAUCACACUUCUUUAAGGUAUUUGUCAGUAUUUCUCUUUGUAAUUUAUUUGUUUUACUACUGAUUUUGCCUGCAAUUGUAAAUGUGCAUACCUUAAAGGGUUAAAUAAAUCA